UAUGAACUGAUUCCAUCCUCUCGAUUUCCAACUGCCUGUCAACCUACAACUGAGCUUUCACAGAAGCAGCCCAUCAUGGACCCAAAAAAGGAUGAAGCAAAGGCCGAGCCAGAGCCCGAGCCCGAGCAGCCCUUGGUCCCCCUCACCAAAAUUACCGAUCCCAACAACGUCUUCUACACCGAUGAAAACGGCGUCAAAUACCAUGUAUGCCUCCCGCGGUCAGGUGAACACCUCAAAACUGCCGAUGCCAACUUCAUGUCAUACACCGAUGAUAAGGGCGUCUAUAAGGAAAUUUACCUCCCACAGGGCACCGUGAAAACGGCCUGGGACCACCUGGAGAAUGAGCGAUGGGAUGAGCUUGCCAAGUUUGAGCCGUACACGGACCAAGGAUAUACCGAGGAGGAUUUCAAGGCGUUUGAAGAGCGUCUUGAACGACGACGACGUGAAGGACGAGAGAAGUAGAUGCUGUAAAGUAGGUACCUAGAGGUACCCAGGGAAGGUCGUCAUCCAGAGAAGAGGGACUCGUUCACCCAUAACCCAUGCUUGUUGAAGUGAAAAGAUGGAACGAAGAUACCUAUUGAUGGCAAAGAUGAUUAAUUACCUAACUGUAAGAAGAGAGGCCUGCUACUCACUCCUCA